AUGAGGCGCUUCACUUACGUGGUGGUGGAGGAGGAGCGACUGCAUAUCCACCUCCUGAUGGUGGCGCUGGUGGAGCUGCAGGAGGAGCUGCUGGAGGAGCUGCUGGAGGAGCUGCUGGAGGAGCUG